AUGCGUGUAAAAGAUUCAAUGAAGGAAAGUUCUCUUUCCUAUCUCAUUACAAGAAAUUUGAAGUGUCUUGAGAAUACUGCGAGAAAGGUUUUCGAAAAAGCAAUAGAACUACGAGAAAAGGAUUUAUCGGAAGGAUUAAGUUACGAAAGAACGGUGGAAUGGCUAAAGGGACAAAAAUCUGAUGUUGAGAAACAAGCAAAUGAUUUGGAGAUAGAGUGGAAAGAAUUGCUACGCCCAGCAAAUGAUGAUGAAUGGCAGAAUAACGUUGCAUCAUAUGAAGAUUGUUUGUAUGAGGGAUACUGUCUGUUUGACAAAGGAAAUAAGCUUUAUUGUGAAAGAGCUUCACUCCUUAUGAAACUAAAUCGAAUAAGUAAAACAAUCAUAGAAGUUAAAAUGAAAUAUGAAAAAGCAGAUCAUGAACCACCAAUAGCAGAGGAGCAAAAGAGUCCAGAAGAUUUAAUUAAGAUAAUCACGACCAGUAAACCACCGACUUUAAAAUCGGUAGAAUUUGAUGGCGACCCGAGAAUGUGGGGCCAGUUUAUCAGCGAGUUUGAAGAAUCAAUUCACAACGGAUUUAACGUCCACACGAAAAUUCAUGCAUCUGUUAAGCAGUUUGAAAGGAGAAGCAAGAGAACAAAUAAGUGA